AUGUCCGACCCGCCCAAUCCUUUCUCCCUCCGGGCAGCGAAGAGGCGAAGGACGCUGGAACGCUGGCUUGCAAGCCCCGUCACCGCUGCCCGAAUCGUCUUGUCCAACUCUGACCUCGUUGGGCUCAUCCUUCAACAGAUGGAGCUCACCUUAGCUGUGAAGCGGGUCUGGGACGAUCCCAACUGGGACGCUUUCAGGGCAGAAAUGGUGUCCUACGCCUUUGUUAGCAAGGCAUUCUGCGACCCUGCCAUGAAUAUCGUGUGGAGGUGUAUUCCGUCCUUGAGGCCCCUCGUCCUCCUCUUGCCGCUGUUCGUCAUCGAAAGGGAUGCCUAUAGACUAAGGCGAGACUGGGAAGGCGUCGCCGUUUCUGCGUCAGCAUUGGACAGGCUCUUAUUCUACGCUCCCCGCAUCCGUGAAGUCGUCAUUGGCGGCGAUGACUACAUCACCAAGUCCGUCUCCCCUGCCGUCCUCGACCUCCUCUUCCGACAUGGGAUACCCUCUAUCGCCCCCGCGCUGCACACGCUCAUCAUUUCAUACAAAUGUUACCGUGAUGCUGGCAGCUUUGACCUCGUUUCUCGCUCACCAAUCCAGAAUGUCGUGUUUGCUCAUUGUCAGAGCAGACCCAAAGACGAAGCGUUUAACAAGGUCGCAUUCCAUCGCCUGUCGGAAGAAGGAUCGCUCCCCCAGUCAAUAGUUGUCGCCCCAUUUACCUCUUACGACGUUUUUCCCGUGCCUCUUCGCCACCCGGGGCCCUUCCUCAAGAAUCUACGCCACCUUGACAUCCAUUACCUCUCCUUCGAAAGUCGCUCGAAGUUGGUUGCGUGGCUGGGGGACCUUUCUUCCAGCUCCCCGAAUCUCAACGAAUUGCGCCUCGAACUCUUCUUGAGGGAUCGCGACCAGUCCUUCUGGAUGCCCAACCGACUGCAUCAGUUCCCUGACCUGACGAAGCUCCACCUGAAAUCUAGCCCCGACGUCGUUGCCCUCGUCUUCUCGACCACCUUCUACCCCUGUCUAACUCACCUCGAACUGAAAACGUUCCUGUUGAACAAAAUGCUCACCGAUUCAGCGGUGGGCGUGAUUGUGGGGACGAUCCCGUCUGCCCGAUUCAUUGACAUCGAAGGGCCCUUCGACCACAAGGCCAUACUAAAAUUCUUUUGCCUUCCCUCCCUCGAACGAUUCAGAUGGGACUGUGACCCUUGCUAUCAGAGCCGCUGCCUUCCUCCGGACCAUGCCUCUUACGAUACAUGGCUUGACGAAAUUCAUAUGGCGAUCGGUGGGUCCUUGGGGAAAGCAGGUCUAUCAAGAGACUUUACCCUCAAAUUACCUGACAGACUGCAGCCGGGAGUUAUCAAGGUUAACGACCUACCCAGGCGGUUCGUGCUUCUCUCCCCUGCCGAUGACGAUGGCGGGUACAUUUACAACCUUGGCUCUAGUAGCUUCUUGUCUACCCCGACCCAGCUGUCCCUUCCACAACCAAAUCAUCUGUUCUUCAACAGUUGGGGUGGUGGCGGAUCGUGGUCUCCCUUGCACAUAGCUUUUCCCCCUGGGACGGAGGAUAGUGGGUAG